AUGUCCAACAUUGCUGUCAGCCACGAAAACAAGAGCCAAUUCAUCCGCACCACCAAGGAUGGUCGCACCAUUCGCUACAAUCUGCAGGUAAUCCAGCAGCCCGAACGUGCGCGUGCAUGUGGUAGCGGCGCAAAGUCGAGUGCCGAUCGCCGACCCGUGGACCCUCCCCCGAUUGUCGAGCUUCGCAUCUACGAGAACGACCAGGACAUCACCUUCGCCUACAAUGCGAGUUUCUUCCUCCAUGCCAGUCUCGAAAAUGCGCGCGCCAUUGCACAUGGACGCACCCAGUCCUCGGCAGGCCCCAGCUUUCCUGUCCUGACCGGCACCCCCGUCGCAGGCAUGGCCUACCUCGAGCGCCCUACGCCCGCCGGCUACUUCAUCUUUCCCGAUCUUUCAGUCCGUCACGAGGGCAAGUACCGCCUGAGUUUCGCUCUGUUCGAGAACUUGGCCGAGGUCAAGGACCUGGACCCUGGUGACCCAGAAGUCAUCUUCGACGGCAACCACUUUGUCUCCCACCGUGCUGAGGUUAGAUCAUCGCCAUUCACCGUCUUCUCUGCGAAGAAGUUCCCUGGUCUGUCCGAGAGCACAGCCCUAAGUCGCCAGGUUGCCGAGCAGGGCUGCCGUGUUCGCAUCCGUCGCGAUGUGAGGAUGAGGCGCCGCGAGAACAAGUCGUCCAAGGAAUGGGACGAGUAUGAUGAGGAAGGUGGUGGCUACGACCGCGCGAGAGGAACAGCGACCCCCGAAAACUAUGGCCAGGCACCAAACGCCCCUCUCGAUGACCGUCCGCGGUCCGUCUCCAACGCCAGCAAUCCGUCGCUGGCACCACCCCGCCGUCCGAGCAUGGAGGAGAUGGCACAUGGCUAUCCUGCCAGCAAUGGCUAUCAGCAGCAGAUGCCACCGCCGCAGAACCCCACGUACACGCAAAUGCCUUCGUAUGCAUCGAGCCAGCAACACCAAUACUCGCAGCAGUACUCCGCUCCCCAAACGCCUUCCAUGAUGCAACCUCCCCAGCAUUCUACUGCAUACUCGCAACACCCGCAACAUUCUCAGCACGCUCAACACGCCCAACACAGCAGCUACUCGAGCCAGCAGCAACCUCAGCCCACAAUGCCCGCAAGCCAGCAAUACAACUACUCAAACUACCAGCAGCCGGCGCACUACGACCAGGUUCCUCCUUCUCGUCAGGAACACGUUCCCGCCGAGUACGCUCAGCCAGUCGACUACCGACGCUCGUCUGUGACCCAAUCGUCGCCUCAGCAAUACUCCGCGCCCAGCCAUGCAGUGCAAUCCUACAGCUCCAUGGAUCAAUACAGUCGACCACAGCAAAUGAGCCAGCCACUGCAACCCCUGCAGCCCCUACACACCUCACCACAGGCUUAUGCUUCGUCUACACCUAGUGCUGUGCACACUCCCAGCCACCAGCCGCUGCCAUCUUUGAGGCCCAUCGUCGCCGAAAAGCUGGAGCCCGUCUCGCCUUCUUACCAGUCACCGCCCGGUACCCUUUCAGCUACCAUGUCGGUCAACUCUGACGGGUCCAGCCAGAACUAUGCGCUGCCCAAGUUCAACGCCCAGGCACAGGGUCUUCCGCCCAUGUCGGCUGGAUCAAGCAACAAACGUUCCUUCUCCAGCACAUUCGACUCCCGCCACUUGAACGAACGCAUGGUGUCUGGCAGCAGGCCACAACCCUCUGGUGCUGGGUACAGCUACGAUCCUGCCGACUCUCCGGAUAUGGAGGAGCCAAUGGACCGAGCGGCCAUGAGCUACCGGCGUGCGGACGGGACACAACGGCAACGUCAUGUACCCGCAGUCGGUCAUUGA